AUGAGCCAGGAUAAUGGAAACUUUCAUAACAUCUACCUUGGUUUCUUAUAUGCCCACGCAACUGUAACAGUGCGAUGCCAGGAAGAUACCGAUUGUGUUGAGAAUGCACAAUGUGUGAACAGGAAUUGCGAAUGCACUAAAGGUUAUAGAAUCAAUGGUAUAGAAUGUGUCGAUUUCAAUGAAUGUCAGAUACCAAAUGUGUGUGGCUUUAAUGCUAUUUGUAGCAACACUUUGGGUAACUACCGUUGUGAAUGUAGAAAUGGGUAUGUGAAAAUCAGCCCCACUUCCAAAAGUCCAUGCAAAGCUCCUUGUGAUGGCAUUGAUUGUGGUCCCCAUGCUACAUGUCGAGUCAAUGGACAAGAGGCCAACUGCAUUUGUGAUCGUGGGUUUACCUUUGAUCCUUCAGACAUAAAAGCUGGCUGUAUUGAUGUAAAUGAGUGUGACAGUAUUCAUGGACCAUCUGGACUUUGUGGACAAGGAGCAAUCUGUACCAAUUUACUGGGCAGCUAUAACUGUGCAUGCCCUCCUGGCUUCACUGGAGAUCCAUUUAGAUAUUGUGAAGAUAUAAACGAAUGUGAUGCUGCAUAUGGUGUGAGUGGUCAGUGUGGAGCUGGAGCCCUCUGUGACAACUCUCUUGGGGGAUAUUCAUGUUCUUGUCCUCCAGGAUAUACUGGAAAUGCUCGAGUUAGGUGUCAAGACAUUAAUGAGUGCUCCCAAGCCUUUGGACCCAAUGGAAGAUGUGGUGUUUCGUCCACCUGCACUAAUACUGAAGGAAGUUUUGAAUGUCGGUGUCCAUCAGGGACAACAGGAGAUCCUUUUAAGAAAUGUUAUCCUGUAAUUAGCUGUGAGAAAAAUACUGAUUGCCCAGGAAAUGCACUGUGCCAGAAUGAGUGGUGUUUCUGUCCUUCUCCUAAUUUUGGAGAUGAUUGUAAACACCCUUGUGAUGCAAUAUUCUGUGUAGACAGUGCUAAAUGCCAGUUAGAUCCUACAGGCCAUCCAAUCUGUGUGUGUUCCCCAGGAUAUACAGGUCGAAGCAACAGUCUUCCAGGAUGUUUGGACAUUGAUGAAUGCAGUGCCAGUGAAAAUACCUGUGGAAGAGAAGCAGUUUGUCGCAAUGUGCCAGGAUCAUUUGAGUGUGUUUGUCCUCAAGGGUUUUUUGGGGAUCCAUAUCAGAAUUGUUUUUCUCGUGAGAUGACCAGUACCUGCUCAGCUUCUAAACCUUGUGGGCCAAAGGAAGAAUGUGUUCUUGUAGAGAGCCUUCCAAAAUGUGUGUGUAAAAGGGGUUAUGUAAUAAAUCCUGUUACACAAAAAUGUAGAGAUGUUAAUGAAUGUACAGAGUUUAGAGAUAAGCAACCUUGUGGACUUGAUGCUAUUUGCAUGAAUCUGGAAGGAAGCUAUGCAUGUUACUGCCCACAAGGGUUCCAGGGAAACCCAUACUCAAUCUGCCUUCCAAAUGUUAUACCCUGCCACAAAGACAGCCAGUGUCCUGGGAAUACAGUGUGUGUGGAGAAUAGUUUCCAUCAUUUUCACUGUGGGUGUAGAUUUCCAUUUAUCCAGGAAGGGGAAUACUGCAUCAAGGCCAGUAGAAACUGUUCCACAGUCAAUCCUUGUCCUGAAAACCAAGAAUGUGUUUUUACAGGAAGUAAUUAUGGGUUUUGUAUUUGUCCUCAUGGUUAUACUGUUGAAGCUGAUGGAUAUUGUAGAGAUAUAAACGAAUGUACAGAGAUUAAUGAGUGGUCUCUCUGUGGACCUAAUGCAAAAUGCCUCAAUUUACCAGGUGCCUAUGAUUGUGUCUGUGGUAAUGGCUACACUGGAAAUCCAAAAAAAGGAUGCUCCUUGAUUGAAAUAUUUUGCAAUAUCAACACUAAGUGUCCCUCAAAUCAACAGUGUAUACAUGGUCAGUGCAAGUGCAUUCCUCCUUAUGUUCUAGAAGGGGGAAUAUGUGAACAUCCAUGUAGGUGGAAGAAAUGUGGCCAGUAUUCUAGUUGUGUGCUGGGCCUACAAGGACCAAUUUGCAAAUGUAACAAAGGAUUCAAGGGUAAUCCUAAUGAGGGAUGUUGGGAUGUUAAUGAAUGCACAAGUGGUCUGCCUGUGGAUCCUAAUGGUCCUUGUGGAGUUGGUGCCACUUGCAUCAAUGUUGUUGGCAGCUAUGUCUGUGAAUGUCCACCUGGCACUAGUGGCAAUCCUGAUAAGGAUGGUUGUUGGGGAAGAACUCCAUGUAAAUGGCAUGAAGAUUGUGCAGAUAAUGCCGCUUGUGACCAGAAAGGUGGUGCCUGCAUUGAUCCCUGCUCUACAGCGUGGUGUGGACCAAAUGCAUAUUGUGUUCCCGAACAUCACAAAGCAUCUUGCUUCUGUCAUCCAGGCUUUUCUGGUGAUCCAUAUGAUGAAACUAAAGGUUGUGAAUCUCCUUGUGCUAAAUUCUGGUGUGGUUUAAAUGCCCAUUGCAUUGUCAGUUCUGAUAACCAAGGAGUUUGUCUUUGCCAAGAAGGUUUUGUUGGAAAUCCUUGGGCUGGAGGACAGUGUUUUCCAGAUGUUGGUUGUUCAGUGAACCGUCCUUGUUCUCCAUCACAGGAUUGUGUGGAUGGAGUGUGUGUUGAGCAUUGUGAUGGAAUACAGUGUGGUGUGGGUGCUCGCUGUGAUAGAAACACUGGACAUUGUGUUUGUCUCCCUUUUUUCAUUGGACAUCCAGCCAUUCUGUGUGUGCCACCAAUCCUUCCUCCAAUUUGUAUUCCUUCUUGUGGUAUCAAUGCUCACUGUGAAUAUGGUGUUCCAAAUAAAUGUGUAUGCAAUAGCGGUUACAGUGGAAAUCCUUACCAGUUGUGUGGUUCUUCACAGAAGUGUGACAAGAUUCAGUGUGGACUUGGUGCUCAGUGUGUCACAGGACCAGGUGGAGCAGAUUGUUCUUGUCCAGCUGGACUCCAAGGAAAUCCCUUUCUGGGAUGUUUAGAUGUGGAUGAAUGUCUACUUCCUCCAAUACCUUGUGGUGUUUCAGCAUCUUGUAUAAACACUAUUGGAAGUUUUCUGUGUGCUUGUCCUUCUGGUACUGUUGGAAAUCCCAGCUUUGCUUGCACAUCACCAGCAGAAUGUGAACCAGGUGAGGGAUGCUCUUGUGAAACAGAUGAUGAUUGUCCUGAAGGAGAAAUAUGUAGUGGUGGUAACUGUACAGAUUCUUGUACAGGAAUUUUAUGUGGAUCUGGAGCUAUCUGUUCAAAUGGUAUUUGUGAAUGUGAAGGAAAUCUGAUUGGUGAUCCUAAUGAUCUGAUAACAGGAUGUGUAUCACCAAAUAUCUGUGAAGCGGGUAAAGAAUGUCCUUGUGAUAGUGAUGAGAAUUGUCCUGAAGGGGAAAAAUGUGUUGGUGGAAACUGCAUAGAUAGCUGUGAAGGAGUUGUUUGUGGUCCUAAUGCACAUUGUACAAAUAGUACAUGCUAUUGUGAUGAACUAAUGACUGGUGAUCCCAAUGAUAUACUCAUCGGAUGUACUCCAAUAGAACCUAAUGAAUGUGAAGAUGAUGAUGCUUGUUCAGGAAAUUCUGUUUGUAGACCAGAUAAGGAUGGAGUAAAGAAAUGUGUAGAUAGCUGUGAAGGAGUUGUUUGUGGUCCUAAUGCACAUUGUACAAGUAAUACAUGCUACUGUGAUGAACUAAUGACUGGUGAUCCCAAUGAUAUACUCAUCGGAUGUACUC